GCGCAAGACAUCGAACGGCCUAUUUUGAGUUUUUUUCAUCAAGUUGUUUUUAUUGUUGCAUCUAAAUAUUCUCUUGAGAAUCUACUCGAACUAAUUGUUUGAAUAUAUAGUGAUUUGUUAUUGUUAAUUUAUUAGAUAUUUGGAUUUUUAAAGAUGAUACAAAAUAAUACAAUCCGGAAAAGUGGUGAUGGAGGAGGAUUGAGAAGGUUAUCUACUGUUGGUACUCUUGUGGUUGUUUGUAUUGCUUUUGUGCUUUCAAUUGUAUUGUUGGUGCAAAACAAUCAAAUGAUGAGUGCAUUCAAUGUUGGAAGAUUUCGUUCCUACUUUUCUCCAAAAAUUGUAACUUCAACUAUUAUGAUCAACGAUGCAUUGCUUGAAAUGUCAGCAAGUAAUAAUUUACUGGAUCAAUUAAUUUCGAAAAAUACAAGAGAUUCUAAAGAAGAACCAAUUCAAUACUUUGUAAGAUUAACUAGCUCAAAUUUGGAUUUAUCAAAGUUUAAUGGUGCUCUCUUGAAUGCAUUGACUGUAAAUACUAAUACUGUAAAUAAUGUAGCAAUUACCGCCAACAGACUCGGAAAAGCUUUGGAGCAUUCAAUUAUUGGAACACUUUCCAAUGGUGUUCUCCUUGCUAUUAGAGCAACACCAUCCGAAAUGUCCGAGUUGGCCAAACUUGCCUCUAUUGAAACAGAGUAUGGAUCCACUAUCGAGUGGAUUGGAAGAGUUGAUUCUAAAUUCAAAUCCAAUCUUGAUUUUACCAAGAUGCAGGAAAUGUGGGAAAACAAAGCUGCCACGACUCAAACAGAAAUUAAGGAAACUACAUUGGAGGAAACUCUUGAAAAAUUAACUAGAUUCGAGUCGGCAAAUUCCAAUCUAAAUAGGCAUACUCGUGCAGUGGCAUCAUCUAUUGUUUCACAUAUUUCAGUUUUUGCCACUAUUACUCCAAGUUUGAGAGCCAUUCUCGAUGAAACAAUUGAAAAGGAAACAGAAACAAUUGUCUCUCAGUUGAAUAAGGAAUUGCAAGAAAAGUUCUCAAACGAAAUUGCCAAAUUAUCCAAGGAUGAAGAACCACUAUUCUUUUCAGUCAAGAAGGAAGGUCAAGAUAGAAUCGGGUUCACUUGUUCUCCAAAGAUUGCCUCUGAAGCCAUGAAGAUUAUCAUGAAACAUGAUGCUAUCCAAAGCGUUGAAAGACAACUUCCAUACACUCUCAUGAACUAUUAUCCAAAUAUUAUUAUGCAAGGAAUUAAUGCUGAUACUCCAACCACUGCCAAUUCUAGCUCAAAUUUAUUCAUUUGGGAGAAUGGAAUUACAGGAAAGGGAGUUGUAGUUGGUGUAGCUGAUACUGGUAUUGAUUCUGACCAAUGCUUCUUCCAUGAUCCUGAUAAUGAAGUUCCAGUCAACACUGUCAAUAUGGAACACAGAAAGAUUGUCUCUUAUCAAACUGUGGCUCUCGAAGAUAAGUAUGGAAAUAUUUACAAGUCAGACGAUCAAGAUGGUGGUGAUGGACAUGGUACUCACGUUGCUGGCAGUAUUGCUGGAAGCAUUUUGACAAGUGCAGAUACUUUUUCAGAUCUUAAAAAGUAUAAUGGAGGUGCACCAGGUGCCAAGCUCUUCUUUACUGACAUUAUGAAAACUGGAGGAAGUAGUCUUCUCAUUCCACCUGAUUUGUACAAUUACUUGUUCAAGAUUCCAUAUCAAAAGGCAAACGUGAGAAUCCAUUCCAAUAGUUGGGGAUGUUCUUUCUCUGCAGUGUUUAAUUGUAAAUAUAAUUGUAAUUGUAAAUGGGCAAUUGAUACAGACUAUGGUAAAACAGGAGAGACUGUUUCAAAUGAUUUCUGUAAAACAAUGUUUGGAAAAUCUUGCUGCCAAAUUUGUAAUACCUAUGAUACCAAAGCUCAAGAUAUCGACAAAUUCACAUGGGAUCAUGAUGAUUUUGUUGUCUUAUUUGCAGCUGGUAACGAAGGACAUACAUCUGAUGUUGGUAAUAUUGGUAGUCCAACCACCUCAAAGAAUGUUAUCAGUGUUGGUGCUUCUCAAACUACAAAUGACGGUUUUAUCAGUGCAGUUGACCAUGUUGAUUUUACCAGUAUUUUCCAAGCCAUCAAGGUUUCAUCAGAAGAGGAAUGUUGUAACUUUAAGGGAACAACAGAUGACCAGACCAACCUUGUUAAAUCAUUGUGCUGCAGCACUUUUAUGAAGAAGACUUACUCUGACAGUAAGAAAUACUUUACAAAGGAAAAUUUAGCUUACUUCUCUGGACGUGGACCAGCAAUUGGUAACAGAAUCAAACCUGAUCUUGUUGCUCCUGGUUAUGAAAUUGAAUCUAUGCACUCUGAUGGUAGUCUCAGUACUUUCCAAUGUGGAACAGGAAGACCAACCCCAACUAACAAAGCAUCUGUAUUGACACUCAGAGGAACUUCCAUGGCAACACCUCUAGUUGCAUCAAGUUUGGUUCUUAAAUUUGUUGGUUCAACCUUUGAAUUAUUCACAGUUGAUAGAAAGACCAUCACACAAAGUCAAACACAAAACUAUUGCUUUAGAAGAGUUGCAGGUAGAUCACCAUCUUCUGGAUCUACAUUCCUAUAUGCCACAAUUGCUUGGUAUGACAUGGCUGCCACAAGUACCAAGUUUGAGCUUUAUCAAGAUUUGGAUUUGAAUGCCUAUGUAUUCUCAGAAAAUAGUACAAGAUCAACUAGAUAUCCAGGAAAUGACAACUCAGACGGUGAUCACUUAAAUAACGUUGAAAAGGAAACAACGUCUUCUUCCACUGAAAAUCAACAAGAAUUUAAUUCUUCUUCUUCAUCGAUAAUUUCCAAUGACACGUCGAGAGAUGACAACAAUGCUCAACAACCAUUGCCUUCUGUGAAAAUAAUUAUUCGAGGACAUAAACAAGGAGAGGAAGGUGAUGCAGAUGCACAUAUAUCAGAGGAAGUACUAGAUAACCAUUCCGAUAGCUUUCAACAAGAUUCGAAUAAUAUUUCUGAUCAUAUAAAUCAAGAAAUACGUUCAAGAAACAAUUUUGACCCAUCAAUACAUAAUGACCAACAAGAUAACACUUCUAUACCAUCAUCUUCCAAUCCAAAUGAUUCUAAUAAUGUUUCACCUCCACAAAAAUCCAAAUUUUCCACUUUUUUAACCAAUUUACAUUUCAUCUUAUUUGGAAAUCGAUGGAUUUCAUUCCUAUUCGGUGCAUUACUAACAUUUCUAAGUGGAACUCACUAUGCCUACUCUUCCAUCUCACCAACCAUUAAGAAUGAUUUGAAUUUUUCACAAACUCAAGUUAAUUUAAUUGGAACAGCUGCAAAUGUUGGAACUUAUUUUGCAUUACCUGUUUCAAUGUUGAAUGAUUUUGUGGGAUCGAGAAUUACGUGUGUCAUUUCUGGAGUUUUGUUAUUUUGUGGAUAUUUUAUGUUUUAUUUGGUGUAUAUUAAGGCAAUUGACAUGGUUGGAACUGAUGCUUAUAUUUUCAUUGCAUGUUUUAUGGCAGUUAUGGGUCAGGGAUCUGCAGGUGCCUAUGCAGCAGCCAUUACGACCAAUAUUAAAAAUUUUGAACCUAGACAUAGAGGAAAAAUCAUUGGUUUUAUGGGAAGUUGUGUCGCUCUCAGUAGUGCAGUGUUUAGUUUCAUUUACAGUGUUGGAUUUGAGAGAAAGUUGGGAGAUUACUUGCUUUUUGUAGGAGUUUUUGGUGGAGUUGCAACUGUGAUUGGAACUUUCUUCAUGAAUCAGAUUGGAAUACAGCCAAAUGAUUCAACUAAAUCGCCAAAUAAUGGUGGCUAUGUUCAAGUGGCUCAGGAUGAAGAAGAUGUGAAUAGUUUCGUCCAUGAUGAAGAUUUGGAAGAGGAUCAAGAUCAAUUCAAUGAUUUUCUAAUGGUUGGAAGCCAGCAGGAUAAGACUGAAACAGUACCAACUAAGCAAGAUUCAAAUGUAAAAAAGGAGGAAACCACAGAUAAUAUCAAAUUGGAAAAUCCAAUUGGAAAGAUUGAAGACAACUCUGAAAUAGAAGAUAAGGAAGAAGAUUUGGAAGGAUUUGAUUUGAGUCAACAAUUAAUUUUGGAAGAACGAGGAGAAGCAAUGCAAGAGCAAGUCGAUGAAAUUGAAGAAAUUGAGGACGAUUUAGAUAAAGGUCCAAUCGAAACAGAUCAGGAAAUAGCAGGCAAAUACGACAAGAUUUGGAAAAUUGCCAAAACUCCAAUUCCAGAUGCCAAUCCAUUGCAAAUGCUUUUCACUCUCGAUUUUUAUUUGGUGUUUUAUGUGUACUUUGCAACGAUGGGUUCUGGAUUAGUUAUUGUCAAUAAUUUGGGCUCAAUUGUCAUUUCAUUUGGUGGAUACGAUGGUCAACAACAUUUGAUGGUUAUGAUUUUUGCAUGUUCUAAUGCUUUAGGACGAUUGAUGUUUGGAUUAAUGAGUGAUACAUUGAGUAGAUACAUUACCAGAACGACCUUCCUUACUGGUGGAGUAUUGCUCAUGUUGAUUUGUCAAAUGAUUGUUCUAGUUUCACCUCUUUGGGUUUACUAUUUCAUUUUAAUAUUGUUGGGAGUUAGUUUUGGAGGAGUUGCAGUUAUGGUUCCUAGUUUCUUGAGUGAAAGAUUCGGUCCAAAAUAUUUUGCAGUCAAUUCGUCCAUUUGUAGUUUAGCAUCGAGUUUGGGAAGUUUCCUACUUGCUACCUUAUUGGCAGUUGCCUUGAGUGUUGUGAAUGCUCAGGAUGCAUCUGCCUCAGCAAAUGCACAAGCAGCUACUCAACCGUCGCAAUCUCAGCAACCUCAGCCACCUCAGCAACCGCAACAACCACAACAACCUCAACAAUCUCAACAAUCCCAACAAUCCCAACAACCACAGCAAUCCAGUAGUAACAAGCUUGGUGUCUAUGUUAACAAUAUUAAUACUCAAAUUUCCAUGAUUAAUAGAUUGGGUCAAUAUUGUUUCUCUCAACAAUCUCAACAAUCCCAACAACAGCCAACUAUUCAAAUGAGUUCCAAUCCAAAUCAACCUGCUCCACAAGGUCAAGCUCCUCCAACUCCAAUUGGACAAACUAGAAUUACCAGAGGAGUAAAGCAACAAAGUCCUCAACAAGGAAUGCAACAAAUGCAGCCUAAUAUGCAACAACAGGUUAUCCUCAACAAAUGCAACAAGGUUAUCCUCAACAACAAGGUGGCAUGCAACCAAAUACUCAACAAGGAUAAUGCUGUAAAUACCAUUGAUACUAAUCUCAAAUUGUUGGCAGCAGAUCCUUCAUUGUUGGAUCAAGAUGAUGCAGCCCUCAUUAAGGAUAAAAUUACACCUCUCGUUGCUAGUAUGGUUACAUCUACUCAACAAGCUAAUUGGAGCAGCUUGCAACAAUCUAUUUCGACCCUUACUCAAUACAUGACCCAAAUUAAAGGUCAAUAUGGUCAAGCUACUCAACAAGGAGGUCAAACAACUGUUCCAUUGAUAAAUGCUGGAGUUGGUGUUAGUUAUCCUGGCUAUCAACAGGGAAAUCCACAACAACAAGGUUAUGCUCAACAAUAUCCACAACAAGGUUACCCUCAACAAGGAAUGCAACAAUAUCCACAACAACAAGGAUAUCCUCAACAAAUGCAACAACAAGGAUAUCCUCAACAAGGAUAUGGUCAACAAUAUCCUCAACAAGGAUACGGUCAACAAUAUCCACAAAGUUAUGGACAAGGUGGUUAUGAUCCUUACCAACAACAAACGUAUAACAAUAACCCUCAACCUUUCGUUUCCAUUAAUGGUGGUUCUCCAACUUCUGGUUCACCUUUGGUGUUUAAUGGUAGAUACCCAGGUCAAACACAACCAUCUCAAUAUGGAAGUCAACCUGGUCAGACUUCAUUAGGAGAUCCUUACAUGGAUGCAAUGAUGAACUAUGGUAUGAAUUUACAAAUUCCACAACAGCAACAAGCUCCUCAACAACAACAGCAACAAGCUCCUCCACAACAACAACAACAAGCUCCAGUCCAACAAUAA